CUGAGCCUGUGAGCUCCUCCUCUUGGAACUUACCUGGGCCCAGCACAGUUUGAUCCUGAGAGUCGUCUGUGAGUUGGAGGAGCGGCCACUGACAGAUCCUUGGAGCCCUCAUAAACAGGAUCUAGCCCCAGGGCAGAAGUGAGGCUGCUUGGAAGCCAGAGGUAAAGCGCUGGGCUCAUUGCCCAUCAUGUCCAGCUCCCUGCUGACUGGAGGUCAUGUGGUCAGCUUGACUCCCCAUGAGGAAUCCAGGAUGGCCCUGCACCCAACCCCUAGCCAUGACCUCCCAGCCCUGUGUCCUUACUACACCACAGAGAGCUGGGGAACCCAGCCUCUCAUGGCCCCCACACUCUGCAAAGGCAGCUCCAACAGGCUCCAGCAGGCCCAGCAAGCUGAGGCCAGAGCUCAGUGUCUCCUUCAAUGCCCUGGGGAGCAGGCCUCAGGGGCCUCGAAGGAUCUGGACUUCUCACUGGAGGCCCUCAACAAGAUGAUCCUGGAGCUAGACCCCACCUUCCAGUUGCUUCCCUCUGGGAUUGCUGGUCCCCAGGCUGAGCCUACCAACAGUGUUGCUUCAAGGACCAAGAAGGAGGAACCUGACGCCUUAGAUAUAAAGUACAUCGAAGUGACCUCCACCAGAUCAAGAUGCCUUGACAGUCCCCAACGCUGCUCCAGCCCGUGUGUCACCCCACCAUUUGGCUCCCCACGUAGUGGCGGCCUGUUCCUCUCCAGGGACAUCCCCCGAGAGACCCGAAGCAGCAGCAGCAACGAGAGCCUCAUCUUCUCUGGGAACCAGGGCAGGGGUUCCUCUCCCCACACCCCUUCUUCUCUCAGCAAUUCUAUCCCUUGCCGAGAAAGCAGGGCCUCAGGCUCCCCACUGGCAACUCCUCCAGGUUGGGAGAAAGGGCUAAGGGCCCCACAGUGGGGCAGCAGGGUCUCUACGCUGUCAGCCAGCCCUGUAUCAGACAUCAGCUACGUGUUUGGAAGCAAUCAGUCCCUCCCGCACUCAAGCCUCUCCAGCUAUCCGCCAUCUUCUAGAUCCAUGGGAAGUCCAGCCAGCUCUUCUUCCAGUCUCCACAGCCUGGACCGAGGCUCCCAGUGUGUGAGAUCGAGUGAUGCCCAGGCUCCUAGCAACCCCAUAGUGGGCAUGGGCCAGCCCCAAGCAGUCCAGUCUACCCCAGUGGCUAAGGAGCAGGCCAGUAGCUGCCCCCCAUCUGUCACCAACUCCAUGGCGGACAUACCUAUAGUGCUCAUUAACGGGAACCCAGAACCACAGAGUCCCCCAGCCCAGCGGAUACCAGGAUACCAGGACUCUGUGCAGUCUAGGGCUACAUCUCCCAGCCACCUCUGUCAAGCCACCAAGAGCCACGGCAAGACUCUGCCCGAUGUUCCUCUCACGGCGUCUCCAGAAAGUCCUGCCAAGGACAUGCAGCCCACCAUGAAGUUCGUGAUGGACACAUCGAAGUACUGGUUUAAGCCAAGCAUCACCCGAGAGCAAGCAAUCAAUCUGCUGAGGACGGAGAAGCCGGGCACCUUUGUCAUCAGGGACAGUUCCUCCUACCGAGGCUCCUUUGGCCUGGCCCUGAAGGUCCAGGAGACUCCGGCAUCUGCUCCAAACCGACCAGGUGAGGACAGCACUGACUUUAUCCGUCACUUCCUGAUUGAGUCUUCAGCCAAAGGGGUGCAUCUGAAAGGAGCAGAUGAGGAGCCCUACUUUGGGAGCCUCUCUGCCUUCGUGUGCCAGCAUUCUAUCAUGGCCCUGGCCCUGCCCUGCAAACUCACCAUCCCACAGAAAGAACUGGGAGGUGCAGAACCAGCAUCGGACUCCCCCACACACGGCCAGACCUCUUGCCUGAAGAUAUCCGCCGGUUGCCACACGCUGUACCUGAGCUCUGUGAGUGUGGAGACCCUGAGCGGAGCCCUGGCUGUGCAGAAGGCUAUCUCAGUCAUGUUGGAGAGGGAUGUCCUCCCCACACCCACUGUCGUCCACUUCAAAGUCACCGAGCAGGGCAUCACUCUGACAGAUGUCCAAAGGAAGGUGUUCUUCCGACGGCACUACCCCCUCAUCGCCCUCCGCUUCUGUGGAAUGGACCCCGAGCAACGGAAGUGGCAGAAAUACUGCAAGCCUUCAAGGAUCUUUGGGUUUGUGGCCAAGAGCCAGACAGAGCCACAGGAGAACGCAUGCCACCUCUUCGCAGAAUAUGAUGCAGCCCAGCCGGCUUCCCAGGUCAUCAGCCUGGUGACUGCUCUGCUUCAGGACACAGAAAGGGUGUAGGAGAAGGGCGGUGUCCGUGUGCCUUCCUUGACAUCUCAAAGGACUUGUCUGGGACAUGGAGCUGUGGCCACACGGACAGGCCUUGGACUGGAGGAUCGAUCAAGUUGAACCCUUUGAACCUCUGGUGACUUCAGCAAUAACCUUCACCAGGCUCCGGAGCCUCGGUCUCCUCAAUUCUAAAGACAGCUGCUCCCUGGACACUCGGCUGGGCAUCUUCAAUGCGUUCCUCAAUGCCACUGAAGCCCACCCACAUCCAAGAGUCCCUAUGUAAAAACUGCCUGCAAGGACCCUCUGGCUUCAUUGGCCUGAGCCCUCCCUACAUGGCAGGUUGUGCCAGAGACCUAUGACCCCUGCCUUGUGGUAAACAGCAGGUGUUGGGGCAGAACCCAUGAGUUUCCUGGCUGGCACUUGGUGGUGAUGCAUGCAGUUUGGGGAUUUGGGGACAGAUUCUAUUUCCCCACACCUGUUCCUUGUUUGCUGAGGGCCUUUCAGAUCCACUGGCCCAGGAUUCUUUUUCUCUUCAAGAGAGUUAAGGGUUUGGGGCUGA